AUGUUGGCUUUACAUGCGCAAGACGCCUCAUCUGGGCUGAAGCUAAAGCAGCUGCCAGUACCCUCGCUAGGACCUGAAGAUGUACUGAUCAAAGUAUACUCGGCGGGAAUCACGCCAGGAGUAAUGAAGCUCCUGAAGAUGGGCCAGUCGGCCGUGCCAACCACUGUGGGCCACGAGGCCGCCGGAGUGGUAGAAGCUCUUGGUGAAAACAUCAAGGACGGCUUGAAUGUCGGUGAUCGUGUGCGCCUCCACCCCAUUCUGUCCUGCGGUGAAUGCCACCAAUGCCAGCUCGGGUUCGACUCCAUGUGCGAUGAGGCGGCACAAAUGGGCUUCGCCAAAUUUGGAGAAAGGACAGGUCUCUACGCACAAUAUCACGACGGGGCGCUUGCCGAGUAUGUCCGCGUGCCGCGCAGGUUCGUCGACCGCCUCCCUGACAACGUUUCCUUCGACAUUGGCGCCAAGUUACACGAUGCUGCCACUGCCCUGCGUGUCCUUAAGUUGGCUGAGGUCACCAAGCCCAACUCGACUAUAAUUCUUACGGCACCAACUGGAACCAUGGGCACGGUGACGCUGAAGCUGGUCAAGUUUUUCCCCAAUAUCAAGAAGAUCAUCCUUGUGGGCCGGUCAAAGGAACGCCUCGAAUCCAUCCAACAUUUGACUGAGGUUGAAACAGUUGUUUUUCCCAUCUCGGCACCAUCCCAAGAUUCAAAGCCUUCGUCGGGGCCUCCAGGUGAAUCCAUUCCUGGCCCUCCCCAGCCCUCUCCGAUCGUCCGGCAACUCAGGGAGCUGGCACCUGAAGGAAUCUCUGCAAUCAUCGAUUACGUCCCCGCUGGGCCAACUCUCAGCCAGAUUCUACCAGCCCUAGCUACCCGUGGAACUAUUGUCCACAUGGGUGGGAGCCCAGCGCCUUUGCAGAUCCCGCUGGUUUUUAUCAUGAGCAAGGCCUGGCGUCUUGUGGGCAAUCGUGCCCACACGAGAGAUGACGCUCAGGAAAUUCUGGAUUGGCUACAAAGUGAUCAGCUUGUCAUUUCUGACCUCAUCACGCACCGUUUUCCGUUAAAGGACGCUCAUCGUGCUAUCGAUGCUAUAGAGACACGGGAUGAGCAUGUAUGGAUGAGCAUCAUUGAAGUCAUUCCGGAGAAAGUCUAA